AUGGCAAAAAAGACAUAUGAUCUGUUAUUUAAAUUGUUGUUAAUUGGUGAUUCAGGGGUAGGCAAAACUUGUAUUUUAUUCAGAUUUUCAGAUGAUGCGUUUACAACAACUUUUAUAUCAACUAUAGGUAUAGAUUUUAAAAUAAAGACUGUCGAAUUACGAGGUAAAAAAAUCAAACUACAGAUAUGGGACACCGCUGGACAAGAAAGAUUCCACACAAUUACAACUUCAUACUACAGAGGCGCAAUGGGAAUAAUGCUUGUAUAUGAUAUAACCAACGAGAAAAGUUUUGAAAAUAUAGUGAAAUGGUUACGAAACAUAGAUGAGCAUGCCAAUGAAGAUGUAGAAAAAAUGAUUUUAGGAAAUAAAUGUGAUAUGACUGACAAGAGAAUAGUUAGUAAAGAAAGGGGAGAAACGAUCGCUCGAGAACAUGGUAUAAGAUUUAUGGAAACCUCUGCUAAAGCCAAUAUAAAUAUCGAAAGAGCAUUUAAUGAACUCGCAGAAGCAAUUCUGGACAAAACCGCUGGAAGAGAGCCUGGAGAUCAUAUUGACAGGGUCAUGGUAGAUCGAAGGCAACAAUCCAGCACCUCAAAGUCAUGUUGUAAUUAGUCAAGUCAUAUUAUUUUAUGUUAAGGUAUAUGCAUGUGAACUGAUUUCUGUUAAGUAAAAUGCUCAUAACUUAAUGUUAUAUUUUAAUGCGAACAAAUAAGUUUUUGUUAAAUUGUACCAAAUUUCUUUGUCAUUUAAGCUAUCACAUAAAUUCAUAUUUAUAAGAAUAACAUAGUUUUUCUAAAGAAAUUGAGGCUUUCUAAUUUUUUUUUCUGUAAUUUGUUAUUGUUUUUUUUUUCUUGUAAUUGUUGACUAAUCCAUAUAUAAAUAUUUAUGUAAAAGCUUUAAAUGCUAACUUUUUUGUUUUAAGAGAACUUCAGCCCUAGUGAAUUCAUCUGCCCUAGUUAUAAAUUAUUUUUCAAUUAGAAAUCAGGUAUAAAAUGUUGUGUAAAAUUUAUUAUAAAAAAUAUCUCAUUUAGUAGCUUUAUUUGUUUAUUUUUUUAAUAGGAAUUUAAUUGCACAAUUUGUAGAGUAUGCUUUAUUAAUUUCGAUUUGUGUAACUACGGUUGUUAUUAAAAUUUUUAAUAUAUCUA